AUGAAAAAGGAUGAUGAUGAUCAUGAGAUAAGACCAUUAGAAACAGCAACCUCAGACAGAUCAUCACCAUCUCCUCCAUUGUCUGAAGAACCUCUCAGCUCCUCCCAAAGCCCAUCUUCUUCUUCAGACCACUCAUAUGCCUUCACUGAUCACAAUGGUUUUAGGCCAGCAGCUGGCAAGAACCACAAGGUCAAUAAACUAGAGAGAAAAGGAACCGGCUUUGUUUACCGAAUUCGCGAACACGUGAGAAUGGGGCCAAGGCUUUCUGAGACAGUGAAGGGGAAACUGAGUGUUGGUGCCAAAAUAAUAAGAAAGGGAGGACGAGAGAAUAUAUUCAGGGACAUAUUUGGCUUGUGCCAUGGAGAAAAAUUGCUAAAGGCUUCUCAGUGUUAUUUAUCGACAACAACCGGGCCGAUUGCCGGGAUUUUGUUCGUCUCCACUCAAAAAGUUUGCUUUUGCAGUGAAAGAUCCAUUAAUGUUCAAUCUCCUUCUGGGGGCCUCCUUAUAAUCCCUUACAAGCUUUCGAUUCCGGUGAAGAAGAUAAAAGGAGCUUACGAGAGGGAGAAUGCGGACAACCCGGCACAGAAGUACAUUGAGAUAGUGAGCCAAGACGAUUUCGAGUUUUGGUUCAUGGGGUUUGUGAGGUUCGGUAGUUAUGGUGCCAUACAUAUUUGCAAGCUGGUGUAA